UGUACAUUUCAUUCACCAACCUCACUUGUUUGUCACUGAAUGAUUGGUAAAAUGAUAAAUUGGUUCCUCAUCAUCACCUUCUUCAUCUGUUCUCAUGUUUCAACCUCAACUUCAGCAAAUUCAGCAGGGAGAGUGGAGUAUCUUCCAGGUUUCCAAGGACCCCUCCCUUUUUACCUUGAAACUGGGUAUGUGGGUGUGGAUGAGAAUGAAGAUGUGCAGCUUUUUUACUACUUCAUUCGGUCCGAGUCGGAUCCUGAGCUUGAUCCUCUCAUGCUUUGGAUUACCGGCGGCCCGGGUUGUUCUUCCAUCUCUGGCCUGCUAUAUGAGAUUGGUUCAAUUAAGUUUGAGGCUUUGUACUAUGAUGGAAGCUUUCCCACCUUGAUUUUGUCACCCAAUUCAUGGACCAAGAUGGCAAGCAUAAUUUUCCUAGAUCUUCCUGUUGGUACUGGUUUUUCGUAUGCAAGAACCACACGCGCCUCACAUUCCACCGACAUCCAACUUUGUGACCAAGCCUAUGAAUUUAUGAGAAAGUGGUUUGAAAGUCACCCGGAGUUCGUCUCUAAUCCAUUCUAUGUAGGAGGAGAUUCCUAUUCCGGAAGACCGGUCCCAAUAAUCACACAACUAAUAUCAGAUGGAAAUGAAGCUGGCAUUGAGCCUUACAUUAAUCUAAAGGGAUAUGUUCUUGGAAACCCUGUGACUUUUCCAGAAGAAGAUAAUUACCAAAUUCGGUUUGCUAAUGGUAUGGGACUUAUAUCAGAUGAACUCUACAAGUCAUUGUUCCACACGUGUCGUGGAGAGUAUCGGUCAGAGUAUAUAAGCACGAGCAACUUAGUGUGUCGCCAAACUCUUGAAUUGUACCAUGAGUGCGUAGAUGGGAUUGAAACUGCACAUGUUUUGGAGCCUCGUUGUGAUUCUAUUUUUCAAAUCAAACUUCCCACUCAAAAGCUGCUUAACGAGCACAACCGUGUUUCUUCAUCUUACUGUCGUACUGAUGGAUAUAACCUGGUUUACUACUGGAUUAAUGAAGCCAGUGUUAGAGAAGCAUUGCAUAUUCGGAAGGGAACCAUAACAGAUUGGAUAAGGUGCAAAUCAGAUUUGAAUUUCACAAAAACACUUUCUGAUGUCAGACCAUACCAUCUAAACCUUAGCAACAAGGGCUACCGGUCUCUCGUCUACAGCGGUGAUCAUGAUAUGAUCAUUCCCUACCAGUCAACUGAAGCAUGGAUAAAAGACCUUAACUACUCAGUCAUCGAUCGAUGGCGAUCAUGGAAGCUUAAUGGUCAAAUUGCUGGGUAUACAGAGAGUUAUUCGAAUAUGAUGACGUAUGCCACCGUGAAGGGCGGUGGGCACACGGCCCCUGAGUACAAGCCUGAAGAAUGUUUUGCCAUGUUCAAGAGGUGGAUAUCUAAUCAACCAUUAUAACCAUCUUUGCAUCUUACCAUGUUGAACUUUUUCGAUAGUCCAUCAUGCAUGUAAUAUGUAGCUCUUGUGUUCUUUGACAUGAGCAUAGACUAAUAGUCAUUUUAAUGAUCCAACUUAUUCUAUUUGGAUCAAUUUGAGAAAUUUAUGGAGACAUUAAUAGUUGUAUUUUUAUUAAUCGAAUUUUAUCAAAUAAGUGUUUAAAUAUGA